CCUCGCCGUCAAGUCUUCUACCAUGCCUAUGCUCUCACACCUCCGCGAAGUGCCCAAGGAGUCGCGCUCUUGGAUCCGCCUCUGGUGGCCUGCCUGGACGAUGGGCGCCCUGGGCAUCGCACGCGGCCUCGACGAGGGCAUCAUCAGCGGCGUGCUCAACCAAAAGUCGUUCAAGUCUGCCUUUCACUUUGAGUCCGACUCGGCCGUCGAGAACGACAUUGCGUCGAUGCUGCAGGCCGGCUCCAUCAUCGGCUCCGUGCUUGCCUUUGUCGUCUCGGACCUGCUUGGGCGGCGGCGCACUGCGCAGCUCGCGUGCCUGCUCUGGGUGCUCGGCACCGCCAUCUGGUUCACGUCGGCGCACGCGACGGGUGCGCACAGCGGCAACCUCUCGCAGCUGCUCGCCGGCCGCUUCAUUGCUGGGCUCGGUGUCGGCAUCACGCCCGUCGUCAGCCCGACGUACCUGGCCGAGAUUGCGCCGCGUGCGAUCCGCGGUCUCUGCGUCUGCAUCUUUUCUGGCUCUGUCUACAUUGGCAUUCUGCUGGGCUACUGGGUCAACUACGGCACCGCACACAACCUCGCCGACACGAGCGCGCUGCAGUGGCAGGUGCCUGCUGCGCUCAACUUCAUCUUUGCCGGCCUCAUCUUCACGUCGACGUUCUUCAUCCCCGAGUCGCCGCGGUGGCUGCUCAAGGUGUCGCGCCCCGACGAGGCGCGCAAGGCGCUCUUCUGGCUGCGCAACCGCGACGACGCCCACGCGCUCGUGGGCCAGGAGUUUGAGGAGAUCAGCGCGGCGCUCGAGCAGGAGCGCGACGCGCGCGGCCAGAAGGCGUGGUACCACAUCUUUGUCCGCCUCGUCACGAACCGCACCAACCUGCACGUCCUCUGCAUCGGCCUCGGCAUCCAGGUCUUUGGCCAGUUCUCUGGCGGGGGAUCCAUGACCGUCUUUGCGCCAAAAAUCUUUGGCUUUGUCGGCAUCAAGGGCCAGGAGACGAAGCUGUUUACGACGGGCAUCUUUGGCAUCGUCAAGCUGCUCUCGUCGCUCGCCGCCGCCUUUUUUGUUGUAGACCUCCUCGGCCGCAAGUUUGCCGUCAUGUGCGGCCUCUCGAUCCAGGCCGUCGCCUCGCUUUAUCUCGCCCUCUACCUGCGCUUCCACUACUCGGACAGCGCCGUGACCGAGACGGCAUCGUCCAAGGCCAUGGCCGACGCGGCCAUCUUCUUCAUCUUCCUCAGCGGCUUUGCCUGGGCCAUUGGCGUCAACUCGGUGCAGUACCUCAGCCAGACGGAGAUGUUUAGUCUCGAGGUGCGCUCGCUGGGCGUAGCCAUCAUCUCGGUCAUCCACUUUCUGUGCCAGUUUGGCUCGUCGCGCUCGGUGAACCCGAUCGUGACGUCCGGCGGUCCCUACACGCUCUUUGUCUUUUUCUUUGUCAUGAGCGUGGCUUCGCUGCUGUUCGUCUUCUUCAUGAUGCCCGAGGUGUCGGGCUACCCGCUCGAGCGCAUCAAGGAGCUGUUUGAGAAGAAGCGCUGGUACCUGAUUGGCUGCACGCAGAACCGGCCGCUGCGGAUCAAGGACCAGCUUGCGCUCGGCGACGACGUGCCGCAGCUGGGCAUGGAGGGCGAGUCGCGCCUGUCGCAGGAAGGCAAGGCACGCCUGUCGCACGAGGGUGAGGCCCGUCUGUCGCAGGAGGGCGAGGAGAAAAAAGACGACAAGGAGGCCCAGGCGACUGUGACCAAGACUGCUGAUGCGUAGUCGCGACUGCCAUCCCAGCCCAGUCACAGCGCCAGUCACAGCGCCAGUCACAGCGCCAGCCACGAGCACUGAUGCGAGACACAAGACCCCUGCUGCAUGUGUAGUCUGUCCCCCUGAUGCAUGUGUAGACCGUUUCCUGAUGCAUGUUUAGACUGUCACGAUUGAUGAAUGAGACCAGAAAGUUCCCAAGAUUGACGGAUGAGGAAGGAGUGCUGCCCCUGAAGCAGGGCCAUCAGAAGCAGGGCCAUCAGAAGCAGUGCGAUGAGAAGCAAGGCGAUGGCUCAGA